AUGGCUCUGCGCUUAUUUGACAUUGUCAAAUUUUUGGAGUGCUCGGCUAGUUCAAAGUUCUCGGCUCUUCAAGCGCUCGUCUGCUCUCAGCGUUCAGCACUUUUUCGUGUUUGGCUCUCCUUCAUCCUUCGUUCAACAAGUAAGUCUUCUCACUUCAACAUGUCAGUUAAUAGUGGUCCUGAGGGCGAAGCGCUCGCCAGGUUACAGUUAAUAGCUAUGUCUAGAAGUUGGAUUGAUAACUCAAGGGAACCAUCUUUUAGGGAAGGGGAGUCUACUGAUGUUCCUGAUCAGGUAUCACCAAUAAGAAAGAUACAACACAAACAAAGUCGGGUACACUCGAGAGAGGAGAUGCAAAACCAGUUAGAGGCUACUGAUCAGCCAUCACAACCAUCACAUGGUCGACAGUCUUCUCCAGCUCCAACUCCAACUAGAACCUCUGAUCCACACUUGGCCCAAGAUGAACCCGACUCUGAUGCUAAUACAGAUGGAAUGGAUUCAGAUUCUGGACCAAUUAUGAGAAAGAGGCGAGGACCAGCAAGGGGCCUCAAAAUUGCUUCAUUGCCCCCUGGCCAAAGAGUGGACAUUUUUGUUAAUGAUCACGGGCAACCAUGCAACGAUGAAACAUCCCAAUUGAUGACUUGGAUUGGGACACUAGCAUGUGCUUCAUCGAAUUUGCCGUGCAAUUAUACAGAUUGGAGAAAGAUUCCAAUGGAGAAGAAAGAUGAUGCAUGGAAGAAAAUCAAAGAAAAUUUUGAUCUUACCGAUGAUACUAAGGCAUGGGCAUUACAGAAGUUGAAUGAUCGUUGGAGAGACUUUAAGUUUGACUUGAAGGCAAAGAUCUAUAACCGAUAUACCACAUAUGAGGAACGGGUUCUGAAUCGUGAUAAACGUGUUCCACUAGAGCAGUGGCUAGAUCUCCUCCACUUGUGGGAUACCGAUUCUUUUCAGGCCAUGUGUACGCGUAAUAAAGAUAAUAGGUCCAAACUUAAAAUGGGCCAUACUGCAGGAAAGAGGAGUUUUGCACAAAUACGAGAGAGGAAGCAUAAAGAGAACCCAGAUGGUGUGCCUCCCUCUCGGUUGGAGUUUUUCAUGGAAACACAUACUAGAAAGGAUGGAUCUCCUGUAGACAGCACAUCACAGGAGAAAAUGAAACGGAUGUCAGACAAACUCAAGGAGAAACCUGAGGAAGAACAAAGGGAUAUGGCAGUGCAUGAGGAGAUCUUCAGCGAUGAAAUGGGAGAUGAUAUACAUGGUCGAGAGCGCUUAGCUGGCGUUGUAAUUCGUCCAAAAGGGACAUCAAAUAAAAAGAUUGUUGUCUUUAUACAGGAAAAUGCCGAGUUGCGGAGUGAGGUGAGAGAUUUGAAAGAGAGGCUAGCAAAACAAGGUGAAGAAAUCUCUUCGAUGAGGUCCGAUUUUAAUGAGUUAAUGCAAUUUGUGAGAGGAAACACUUCAGCAAGCAUGCAGUCCACAGAGGCUUCAAAUCAUGGAGAUGGUCCAUCACAGUUGUAG